GCCUGGCAAGCCUGUGAGCUUUCGCACGCUCAACGCGCGCCCAGUGCUGUUGAGCCAAGUGAUGGGAGCCGAAAGUGGGCUCCAGAUGGGAGAUGAAGUGGAGGCCUUGAAACCAGGACGUUUUUUUAAAGACACCUGGAUUCCUAGCAUGUGGAAGAAAGCAAAGGUGGUUGCUGUCAACUACGAUGGCACCUAUGACUUGCAGUUUGAGAUGAAUCAUGGACCUUACCGCGAGCACAGGACCAAAGGGCUGAGGGGAACGCCCACCUUAUCCUUGCGACGAAAUGAACAGUUCAAAGAGUAUGCUGCAGAUCAUAUGCCUGCAUCUUUCCGGCUCUUCCAAGAGAUGAAUUACCAACUCUCAGUGUCUCCCAACAACCUGCGAAUGCCGGGCAUGCUGGAUCGCAUUGCCAACAUGCAAGAUACUGACGCUACCCAAGACUGGUAUCUUUGCAGCAACAAGAACUUCGUCAUCACCUCGUCGCCAAGAGGUCGAGAUGCCGUGCGGUUGGAUGAAUAUUCCCGGAGAUUCCUCUUUGGCUACCGAUGGGUGCCAACAGCUGACGGUGAUCUUCGCUUCGAACCCGUGCCCAAUGCCACACAAGCGCAGUCCCUGAGAGCUUGCCACAAAGACACAGCCAUGCAGUUCGCCAAUGCAGCGCAGAUCGAUGAGUCGGAUCGAAGGAAGAUCAGCGCGUAUAAGGCAGAGAUGAAGCACUUCGAAGAAAUCAUCGGAGACCUCCGGGCCAAGCCGCAUCAGCCACGUCGUCCUGCUGGCCCAAGGGUGAAAGUGAACUGACGCAACACCGCAGCACAUUCCCUGCCGCCUUUCAUCACACACAUCUGCAUUUUGCAAUCAUACCUCC